AUGCGUUAUGGAAAAGUGUAUUUUUAUGAUCGAAUGGGAAAUCGAGAACCGAGUGAAGCUGAUAAGAUAAGAGAAGCUUUGGAAAACUUCGAAGCACCCAGAUUCAGACCACCAGAUGAGCCGAGAAUGAUGAAGAAUUAUAGAACACAAUUUUCUCCUCUCGAUACACCACCACCAAUAAGUGGAAACGGGACACCACCAGGCUCCGGAAUGCAUCAGUAUCUAUCAGAAUCAAAUCGAGAAAUGAUUAUAGAUUUACCAGCGAAUAUAUCUAAUUUCGGAAGAGACGAUGGAAGUUUAGUGCUUCCUGGAAAUCUGAUGGGUGGAGACGAGACCAGUAUUCCGAACAUUGAUCGUUACCGUAUGGAUCUUCCACCUGAAAUCUAUCCGAAUGAUCCCAUGCCACGUGGAAUAUCGACACCUCCCAUGAAUCUAAAGUUCAAUUUAGGAGAAGAAAUGGAUAGAGAUGUGGAUAAAGGAGUGAUGAGAGGGUUUGGAGGCGAAAGACAUUAUGAGGAUCCAAUGGUUGAAAUGGAGCAGAAAUUGGGGAAUAUCAGAUUUGAGAGUGAUAAUGAGAAACAUGGAAACCUCAUAACAAAAUACGAAGAAGACUAUUACAGUCAUGAGAUUUGUGCACAAUGUCAGGCCGAAGAUGCAUAUAUGGAGAGGAUGAGAAGACAAGCAGAAGAAGAAAGAAGAAAAUAUGAUGAGACAAUGAAAAGAGCAAAGAUGUAUGAGGAUUUGACAAGAGAGAAGGAGGAAGCGUUUAGAAAGGAAGAAGCAGAAAGAAAUAAGGCACUUCGAGAGCACGUGGAUCGUGUGAAUGCUGAAAUGAUAGAACUGAAGAAAAGAAGACCCAAAUCGCCGGUGCAAGAAAAUUACAUCUUCCGUCACGAAUCACCCAGAAUUCGAGAGGCAGAACAAAGAACAAGAAAAGACGCAUAUAGAGCUGAACUUGAUAGACAAGUCGAAGAAAAACGAUUGAGAAGAAUCGCAGAAUUUGAGAAAAACGAAGCAAUUGAUGCGACAAGCAAUGCAAGAGCUGCACUCGAAUUUGCGAAUGCUCGAGAAGCCGAGAGAAAGUCGAAUGAACACGCGAAAGAGAUGGCUCGAAAGCAAUUAGAGUUUCAGAUGGAAAUGAGUCGAUUCGGCGCUCCAUCAGAUAGAAAUUGGUUGUGGUGGGCGGAGAGACCGGAUGAACACGGAUGGAGAGAUGCCAGAUUGAAGGGAUUGAAACAUACAAAUCAAGUUGAAAGAAAUCAAACUAUCAAGCAAUCUAUUGGAAUGUUGGAAGAGUUUAAAGCUCGUCAAGCUCAUGAUGAUAUGGUGAUGCGUGAUAAUCGAAGAUCCAAAUACGGAAAACUCCGAGACCAACUACACGAGAAUUCUAAAAUGUUGUAUCCUCUUACUAAAACGGAAAGCCGUCCGAACAUCGUUCAACCGGAUCCACGUGUCGAAGCGGCUUGGAGAGAGGCUCAUGAAAAAUACGAUAAAAAGUUUACAGUUUUGCAAGAUAACGCAAUGAAGAGUAUUUCUGGAGCUGCAUUGGAUGGCGUUGCCCAUGCCACAACAUCCUGUCGUCGCUGCGCUCGUUGUGCUCGUCCAUUGGAACGGAAGACUACCUUAAUCGUGAAUCGAGGAGAAAACAUUCUACCUCAUCAGACCAAUUGGCACAGAGCUUGA